CAGUCCAUUCAACUCCUCGGCAGUCCAUUCAUCUCCUCGGCAGUCCAUUCAUCUCCUCUGCAGUCCAUUCAUCUCCUCGGCAGCCAUCCAAACCCGCUCUGCCUGCUUUGCCGUCAUGUCUGCGCGAGACAAGCUCCCCAAAGGCUGGCCGGACCAGAUCCAGUUCCUCAAAAAGUUGCAAUGGCAUCCCAAUCUUCCACCCGAGAUCCAGAUCCUCUGUCGCACCGGCCAACUCCCGCACCGGAUUCAUCCAGAGACCGCCGCUGCCGCCGAGGACUUCUGUCGCCAGCUCGUCCAAGCCGAAAGCCGGUCGCUGCCACCAAACGAUACACCCUCGAGGCGGGUCCUGAUCAAGAAGAUAACCGAUCCUGCACACCCAGCAUGCGGGCAGUGCGGCCUCUUCGCUGCCGCCAACCUCGAUCCUCGGACUCACGUUCUCGACUAUGUCGGCAUCGUCAACUCGGACUCGACGGGGGCCUCCACGACCUCAGACUACAUCAUCCGGCUGCUGGGCGAUCUCUCCGUCGACGCCGAGUUUGCCGGCAACGAGGCUCGCUUCAUGAACGACUUUCGUGGUUGCCCCGGCGGGCCCAAGCCCAACGUCGAGUUUGGGCCUUACCGGGAUUCCCUCUCGGGCGAGUUGCGCAUGGGCGUCUGGGUCUUGAACAAAAAGAUCCGCAAAGGCGAUGAGCUCCUCGUCACCUACGGCAAGGGCUUCUGGAAGGCCCGCGGCCUCAUUGACUUGAUCGAGGAAAAAUGGGUUGGGGACUACCCAGAGUAGGCCGCCCUGCUGUCCUUGCCUGCUCCCUGGAUCUCGUUUGCCCUCUGAAUCUACAAUCGCUGCUCUUUACAA